GGGAAACGUCACAGUGACGUCACGGCACAACAAACAAGUUCGGAGGGCAGAUUGAAGAUGCUCGGACUUGGAGAGGAGAGACGCGGAACCUAUUGUCCGUCGAAUGUUGGAAAAGAAAAAGAGAAAAAGUAUGAAUGUGGAGGAGGAUAGGAGUGAGUUGGGAUUGCAGGAUGAAGACAUCUGGUGAAGUUGGAGGAGGCUGACAGGAUGUGGCCCAACGACGGAGAAUGAGAAAUACUUCACAAAUGAAACAAGUACAAUUGAGGUAAAUAAGCGUUUUGUACUGUUAAGAGUACACAGUAUCUCCAUGAUCAAGUACUGCUUUACAGCAGCUCUUUGUGAUUAAACAUCAUUUUAAAUGGGGGGAAAUGAAUACAAACACAACAUAUAAUGGGUAAGCAACAUUUCAUUUUAGUUAAGGAGCAAUACUGUCAUCAAAAUAUAGACAGACUCGAUGUUGCCACCUUUUACAGGAAGUAAUGGUUUCCGGCUGCUGUGCGAUAGCUCAUCAAGACCCAGCUUCCCUAUAGCUCAAAAACACAUGCGUGCACGGCAGCGUGCAGUCCAACUGCCGGCUGAAGGGUUUAAAGUCACUUCAGAAACAUGUCAGGACAAGGAAACAGCAGGAGCAGUGGCGAAAAUCAGCUUAAAACACCGGAGCAGGAACAUGCCUCAUUGAGGGUCAGACAGUUUUCACCAGGUCAUGUCCGCAAAAUGGGAACGACGAGGAAAAUGCGAGACCGAAAGGAUUUCCACGAUCACGAGGACAAAGAGAAAGCUCAGAGACACAAAGAAAUGGAGCUGAAGCCCAUGUAUAAGGAACUGCUGUACACUAUUGCACACAAGAUAGGUCAAGCCUCAUAUACCGAGACUUUCACAGAUGCGCAACUGCACCAGUACAUAAAGGAGGCCUUCACAAUGACAGAGUCAGAACAUGAUAUUCUGAUGGAAAAAGUUCAAAAAACAAAGCCACCUGCAUACUGCCUGAUGGCCACUGUCAAAGAAGCAGAAGGAAUUCUGGGAAAAGAUGUCAGUGGUUUCAGUGACCCCUACUGCCUGCUCACCAUCCUGGAGGACGACGACUCAAGCAAAACAAGACAGUCCGCAGCCAAACCCCUGAAGUCAGUGGUGAAGGAUUCUGUGUCAGAUGAUAAAAUAUACCAGACGGACGUAAAGAAUCAGACUCUUAAUCCCAUCUGGAACCAAACCUUCAUACUAGAAUUCCAACACACCGCACACACCAGCUUCCAUCUGGAGAUGUGGGACAAAGAUGAAGACGUUUCAAUCACGAAGAAACUGGAGGAGAUCAAAACUAACUUAAAUAGCUUAAGAAGGAUGAUCAAAGAAGCGAAAAAGGAAAAAGGCACUGAUGAUUUCUUGGGAAGCAUUGUCCUAAAACUGGAGAGUCUGCACUGCACAGAGGACAAGUGGUACACUCUGGAGCCCCGCACAGAGACUUAUCCAGACCGAGGAAAGUGUCAUCUAAAUAUAAAAUUUGUCCAUAAAGCGAGGGAUGAAAAUCUAAGCGCAGGUCGAAGUGCUUACAUCAACUACUGUGGGAUUCUGCAGCAGUUCAUCCAGUUCUACAUCUCCAAGCAGCAGAGUUCCGCGCCAUGGAAAGGCGAGUUAUGUGGCGAAGCGCAGACUCUGCUGGAGUUUUAUGCCACGCAGAAUGACCUCUCAUCUUUUCUUCAAGAUCUGGCGAAGUGGGUAGUUUAUAGUAAACUGUACCAGAGUUUGGAGAUGGAGUCGUCUGUGCUGCUCCAGCAGCUGACCAGCAUUGAAUACCACUGGCACCAGCAGGAGUUGCCAUAUCAACAGAAACAGGAACUCGGCGACUCUCUUCAUGGGUUUCUGCAGUAUGGCCUCCAUCUUGUGUCAAAGUACAGAGACAUCUUCCACCCGACUCCCAGCUCUACACCAAAAUUGCACACACUUCUCAGGAUUCUGUCCCAGAUAUGCAAGACCCGGGCUUUUCAGAAAUUGAAUCCAGCUGGCUUCGACCUGCACGAUGAAGUCUGCGACGCUAUAAAGACUGGAACGCAUGAGUGGUUCACUGUCAAGAAGGGUUUGCAUCAACCAAUGACAAAAGACCUGUCAGAGACAGUCGUGGCUGUGUCCAGGUUGAUUGGGGAGGUCCAGGAAGAUGUGAAGAGCAACAAGGACGUCUGGAACCGGAUCUUUUCCAGUGUUGUGCAGGUGGAUGUGUUCACUGUGGUCUAUAAGAGCUUCGACUCUCUGCUUGCCAAAGAAGUCAUGCAGACUUUAUCCUUGAUGGAGGGUCAGAUGGAGCAGACGCUAGCCAACAGCCUCUUCCCAGUGUACCUGAGCCUGCAAGCCAUCCACAAUGACAAGGCUUUCCUGCAGAGACGUGGACUGCUCGAGUUGACAAACUACCACGAGGGCUUCAGGGAGGCGCUUCCCUACUGGCUGAAACAGGCUUUCAGCACCACCCAGGACAGGGUGGAGAGGGCCGUGCAGGUGGACCAGCUGCAGCCGCUGGAGUCUGGCUCAGUGCCGGUCAAGCACAGCUCCUCUGCAGUCGACCUAGUUGCCUGCAUCCAGCCGAUAUGCCAGCUGUGGGAGCAGCUGGCCUGGCCCGACCCAGAAGAGGCUUUUAUGCUCAUGGUUAAAAUUACAGAGGACGUGUGCAAGAUCCUUGUGACCUAUUCUCAAAAUCUGAAGGCGAGGGUUCGAGUCCUCACGGAGAACACAGACCACGGAAGGGCGAUCAAGAUGCUGUGCGUGGUGGUCAAUGAUUUGGAGCAUCUGAGGUCAGUCUUGACGCGCCUGCCUACGCAGCUGAACUGGGCCGGGCUUCGAGAGAGGACACAUCAGGUGAUAGGCGAAACCCAAUUCCAGCAUACGCUGCCAUCCCAGCUGCAGCAAACCCAAAACGUACUGAGCAGAGAGAUCCGCUCUGUUCUGGACACCCUGGGGAAGAAGUUGAACAUAGACAUUGAGAGUUUUGUCCGGGCCAUGCCGACCAGACAAAGAUUUCCCUCCAAGUCGUCGGAGGAUGCAGCUGCCCCUCUCAUGGACUACUUGCUGAAAGAGCUGAAAGAUAUGAAUGAAAACUUGGUUCAAGAGAACUUCAAUAGCCUCCUGACCCCACUGUGGAAUAACUCGGUCAAGAUCCUUCAGCAAGUGGCAGCAGAGCAUGCUCAGCAGGAGGCCUUCAUGGUGGUCAGCCAGAGACUCUACUACACACUGCAGUGUCUGGAACAGUGUUUCCAUGGUGAAGGAAAUGGACUUCCACUGAAGACACUUCAUUCAGACGACUACAAGGCUCUUAAAGUUCUUCUGACUCAACACUCGCUGAGCAGCCAAGAACUUGUUGAAAAGUUUUUUGAAAGGAAGCAAUGGGAGCAGAAAGUGUACAGCGGGGAGAAAUACGGAGCUGUCACCCUUCUGACCUCCUACAGGAGAUCAGAGGGACGACUCAGAGUCGAGGUGUUGAACGCAGUCAACCUUCUGCCGAUGGACUCAAACGGACUGAGCGACCCGUACGUGCAGCUAUGUUUGGAGCCAAAGCACAUUUUCCCUCUGGUGGAAACCCGCAGCACGCAAACCAAAAGCUGCGAUUUGAACCCUCUUUUUGAUGAGUGCUUUGACUUCAUGGUGUCUCUCGAGCAAUGCCAGGCUCCAGGGGCUUGCCUGGUGGUGACUGUAUUGGACUAUGACAUGCUGAUCACUGAUGACUUUGAAGGAGAAGCCUUCCUCGCGCUGAAAGCAAUUCCUGGAGUUCCUGGUUCAAGAGAAGAAAGUGAUGACCUUUCUUCACGUCCUGAUGCCACGCCCGCUCAGAUACGACUGCCUCUAAUGCAUCCAAGACCUAACGAAGACAACAUCCUCAGACUGCUGGAGUCCAGAAAAAGUGAGCGGGACAUACAGGCCUUCGUGAAGCUGCGACGACAACGAGAGAAACAGUCUCUGGAGCUGCCUCAGUCGUAGUACAAGCACCAGGGUCGACACACUUUUUCCAAAAAUAUACAAUUUGUUUUAAUGAUCUGUACCAAAAAAAGGAGAAAGAAGCACAUUGAUAACAAAACAAAGAUGAUAAACAAGUGUGUGUGAGCGUGUGUGUGGACAGUUCAGAAAUCAUCACAGUGAUUGAAAAAGACUAAGAAUGAACUUGCGUAAUUCAACUGUGUAUUUUUCUGUAAUUGAAUGUAAUUAUACGUGAAUGCAUAAACACACACACUCCACCAUUACACAAUGGACAGUAUUAAAAAGUGUAUAUUUCAGUUAACAUGAAAAGAAGAGGUACAAAAAAAAGAAUUUGAAAGACUACAUAUGUCGACAGUUUACUUCGAUUGUGCCUUCAUGCAUUUACCUCAUCCAGUUGAAGAAUCAAACCUGAGUGUUUUAACAGAGGCCAUCUGUUGAAAAUUCAUACAAAUAUUACUAAUUUUCCUUAAAUAUAACCUACAUAAGAGCCACCUGUACCUCGCCUGAAUGAAUUGAAAUAUGCCCUUGAAUGUGUCAUACAUGAUGAACUGGCUGCAGUGUCAU